CGCUAAGCGCCAGAUCUCCGCACGACAGCUAAACAUUAUCCUCGUAGAUCCUCUCAAUCACGAUACUAUAGCGAAGACCAGUCUACAUCUUACCGUUCGUCUCGAGGAUGGGUCGCAAAUCGGGGAAGAGCAUGAACCCGGCGGAUGCUCACCGCAAGCUCCAACGCAAACGGGAGCUGAAAAAGAACAAAGAAGAGCGGAAGAAAAUUCGGUUGAUCACAACUGCACAAAAAGACACAUCGAAGGUUCUUGCAGAACUUGCCACAUAUCGAGAACUAGAGCAGACUGAUCCAACUGUACGCACGAAGCGACAAUAUGCUGAACAGAGGAUCAAAAAGAUCAAUGAAGCACGACAGCAACUAGGACUUGCACCUGUCGACCCAAAUGCUCCGUUACCGAAGCAGAAACAAAAGAAAGAAGCAGACGUGGAAAUGAAAUGGUACCAUCCCACUUUCAACCCACAUGGACCGAAGAAGCCUGCGCACCUUGAUGAAGAAAGCGAAGGUGAUAGUGAUGAGAGCGAAGGCGAUUCUGACUCUUCAGUUUCAUCUUCAGAAGGGGAGAGCGAACAAAAUGAACCAGAAACUGUCACAACCCAGAAAGCCGAGCCAGAGCCCAUGCUUCAAUAUGACGACCUAUCCUAUAUACCAUUACCCGACGGAGCAACACCUAAUUUUGAAGCACAGAUAUAUGUCACAUUGGAGCUACCAGAAAUCCGAAAUAAGGCGGAUUACAAAACGUCCCCAGCUCGAGACUCAUCCACCCAACCUCCCGCGACACCGGGUCAGGUCAGACCAACACCUGGACAACACCACAACCCGUAUCCAACCGAACGGCCACCAGAACCUCCAUUUGGUCCCCCGUAUAGACAUCCUGGACAAUGGGGACCGCCAAGCGGACCAGGAAUGCCCAUACCAGGUUACUACCGUCCACCUUUUAUGCCUCCCCCACAUGGCAUGCCCCCAGGCCCGCCACCAUAUCCACCAUUCGGACCGCCAGGAUUCAUGCCGCGACCAGGACCACCGUUUAUGGGACCUCCACCUGGUAUGGCACCGUAUGGUCCCCCACCAGGUUUUCACGGCGGUUAUCCGCAUUCUUCGGUGAACACGGCGCCUGAAGCAGGACCUCAACCAGAACCACAGCCUGCACCUGCACCAGUUAUAGCAGCUGCACCACAAAUGCGAGAUCUUCAAGCAGAGUCGGUAAAAUUGAUUCCAGCGUCAUUGCUGAGAAAGAAGACAACAGCAGGCCAGCCGAAACUUGGAUCUGCACCGAAGCCGCUGCGACCACCUCCCAAGAAGGCGCUUAAUGCGGCACCAGAUGUCGAAGGCGAAGGGGGCGAGUCUCCUUUACCGGCACCAUCAGCUCCCGCCCCACCAGUCAAAAAACCACCAGUGAAGGCGGCUACGGAUGAGUAUGAUGAGUUUAUGAGUCAGAUGAAAGAUCUAUUGUAGAUAAUUUCGUAAAGAAUUACAUAAUUAUGCAAAUUUCAACACAAGAUUGAGAUUGCCCUACUGUUUA